GGUCGAUCAACGGCUGUUCGAUCAGCCUGCUUUCCAGAAUGUCUCGGCAUACAUAACACCACGCGCUUCGUUCAUCAUUCGGCCGAGAGGAGCACUUCUUUCUACUACCUUCCUACCCGCGGUCCCCUCCCGUCAGAUACCAGGCAGACAGAUACACGCCAUCUCCGCUCUCCAGAUGCGCGUCGCGACACAUACUUUACGUCGGAGCAGUUUAUAAAAACGCAUCCGUCGCUUCCGGCAAUGGGAUCGUCCUCCACUCGCAGGCGCCCUGCUUCGACAUCUCCAGAGCCACUGCCGACAGCGCAGCGACGGCGAUUGGAAGAGUCGACAACGCAAACAUCAGCCAUCGAUAGCACAGACGGCAUGGCGCAAACAAACGGCACGGCGAGCGCGGCUAAGAGCUUGCCACUUCAGGGCAAGGUCUACGCCAUCACAGGCGGCGCCAGUGGCAUUGGCUUUGCGACGGCAAAGAUCCUCGCCAGGCGCGGAGCAACCGUCUGUGUCGCCGACAUUGACCCCGAGGCGAUGAAACAAGCUGGCUCUUAUUUCGCCUCACACGACGUACCUCACAUGAUCACCAGGGUUGAUGUGUCGAAACGCGCUCAGGUGGACUCGUGGGUCGAGUCAAUCGUUGCGACACAUGGCAGGCUGGACGGCGCGGCCAACGUCGCGGGCGUCAUUGGCAAAGGCCACGGCAUCACGGCAGUUGCUGAUCUGGAGGAUAGCGAGUGGGACAAGAUCAUUGGAGUCAACCUGACAGGCACAAUGUACUGCCUACGGGCGGAGCUGCGGCACGUCGUGGACGGUGGCUCCAUUGUGAAUGUCUCGUCGAUCCACGGCCUCAAAGGGUUCGCAAAACAUGCCGCCUACGAUGCCAGCAAGCACGGCAUGAUCGGCCUGACAAGGGCCGCCGCGCUGGAGAACGGCGCACGCGAGAUACGGGUCAACAGUGUCGCGCCGGGCGCCAUUUACACGCCACUCAUGCAAAAGAACUGGGAUUUCGUGGGGCGGCCGUCGGACGCGCCGUUCGAUGAGCCCACGGCCUUUCAGCGGCAGGGCUCGGCGGAGGAAACGGGCAACGUCAUUGCCUUCUUGUUGGGCCCGGAUAGCACCUUUGUGAGCGGCAGUGUGUAUCGUGUGGACGGCGCGUGGAUGUGAUGCAGGAAACCCACACGCCCGGCGACUGUCUUGGAUUGCUUUGCGCAUUUCGGCGAAAUCAUAGCAAUCAACGUUGAAGAAUGAUGGUCAGGGCACACGCCAUGCAGUGUGGACGGGCAAAGGCGCGUGGGUGUGUCACACCAGACGCGAACCGCCACUUUGCACAAGACUCACGAAGCUUUGGCUGACUGGCUGUGUUUUGAUUUCCUGUC